CAUCUACAACCUUUCCUGCAGCAGACAGACAGACAGAAGCCUGCCAGGGAUGUCUGGAUGACACUACGCACCGCAACAGAAACUGUCUCCAAAGGCUGCUCUGUCUUCGAUUGACCGCACUCCAGGUAGAGAUUUGACAAGUGUUGUGCCACUAAUAUCAUAAAUAACGAAGAUGGCUGAAUGGCUGUAAGUAUGUACUUACUUUAUCUGUAUGGGCGAACAAUCAGAAACACGUGCUUACUUCUCUAGUGGGAAAUCUAUAGUAACCUAAAAAAUGCAUCUAUAUAUCUUUAGCAGUAGCAAUGUGUAAUAUACUCACAGGCAUGCAUCCUUGAGCAUGAAGACAGACUCUGAUGCACCCUGAUCUUUGCACAGCUCAGGGUCACAUUGCUCUUGGCUGUGCUCUAUGGCUGUCGGAGCUCGGCGGGAGACAGACACACGACCACAUAAUUGAUCAGAAAGUCUCAACUUUAAUCAGCAAGGUUGCGUGCAUUUAUGUUGGCGCUAAUGAAGCUCAUAUAUAUUGCAAAGCCCGAGCUCCUGAUAGGCUCUUCAGCUACUUGUAGACCACGCUAUUUGUCUUUCUCAUUUCUACAUUCUGCUUCCUUCUUUUCACAUUCUGUUACAUUGCUCAAGGGUGCCUGUUGCAUUGCUCAAGGGUGCCUGUUGCAUUGCUCAAGGGUGCCGUGUCCUUGUCUUGUUUACUCUCACCUCAUCAGCCGAAUACUGUCUAUGUGGCCUUUCUCAGCAAGCCAGGACUCAAUCACACUCUCCACAUAUGGCCACCGGCAGGCAUACGCUGCCUGCUACAACAGGAGCUUGGUACAUGAUGGUGGAUUUCACCCCGGCAUUGGGUGUUCUCCUCCACCUCAGGGUGGGUGACAUCUCCCAUCCUCACCAGCUCGCAGCCAUCCUGUGCCAUGAGUGACCACGCAGAGCUGGUGAGCCACCUGCGGGCAGCCUGGCUCUCAGGGAGGACACGGCCCUUGGAAUACCGUACAGCCCAGCUGGAGGCCCUGGGCCUCUUCCUAGAGGAGAAGAAGCAGGACAUCCUGGAGGCCACUGCCUUGGACAUGCGCAAGCCAUCCUUCGAAGUGGAACUCUCUGAGAUCUCCGUCUGCAGGAGUGAGCUCAACCACACGCUGAACAACCUGGCUGCCUGGAUGAAGGACGAGAACGUGGACAAGAACUGGGCAACGCAGCUGGACUCGGCCUUCAUCCACAAGGACCCCUAUGGGGUAGUGCUCAUCAUCGGGCCCUGGAACUACCCCAUCAACCUCCUCCUAGUGCCCCUCAUUGGGGCCAUCGCUGCUGGCAACUGCGUUGUGCUGAAACCCUCCGAAAUCAGCAGGAACAUGGAGAGGCUGGUGGCCGAGGCACUGCCCAGCUACCUUGACAAGGACUGCUUCGCCGUGGUGACUGCUGGCGUGGAGGAGACCACCAGGCUGCUGGAGAACAAGUUUGACUACAUCUUCUUCACUGGCAGCCCCUCAGUGGGCAGGAUUGUGAUGACAGCUGCUGCCAAACACCUGACACCGGUGACUCUGGAGCUGGGGGGCAAGAACCCCUGCUACGUGUCCGACACCUGCAAUGUGCAGAACGUGGCCCGGCGGGUGGCCUGGGGACGCUUCUUCAAUGCGGGGCAGACCUGUGUUGCGCCUGACUACAUCCUGUGCAGUGUGGAGAUGCGGGAGAGGCUGGUGCCUGCCCUGCGUGAGGCCAUCACUGAGUUCUAUGGCCCCGAACCCCGCGAUUCCCCUGACUUCGCCCGCAUCGUGGGAGACAAACAGUUCAAUCGCGUGCAGGCGCUGCUGAGCAGCGGGCGUGUGGCCAUCGGGGGAGAGACAGAUGAGAAGGAGCGCUACAUCGCCCCCACAGUGCUGGUGGACGUCCAGGAGGAUGACCCGGUGAUGCGGGAGGAGAUCUUUGGUCCUGUGUUGCCCAUUUUGACAGUGACCAGCGAGGAGGAUGCCAUCACCUUCAUCAACGCCCGGGAACGGCCACUGACACUCUACGUCUUCUCCUCCAGCACAAAGGUGGUUCGCCGGCUGCUGGAGCGGACGAGCAGUGGUGGCUUCUGUGCCAACGACACCAUCAUGCACAUGACGCUGACUUCACUGCCUUUCGGUGGCAUCGGACUCAGCGGCAUGGGCCGCUACCACGGCCGUUUUACCUUCGAGACCUUCUCGCACCUCCGCUCGGCCCUGCUCCGUGCCGACGGCCGGGAGGCGCUGAACAGCCUCCGCUACCCGCCGUACGCCCCGCGCCGCCUGCCGAUGCUCCGCACCACCGUGGAGAGCCGCCGCCGCACCGCCGCCUGCACGCUGCUCUGAGCGCCGCCUCAAUAAACGCUUCCUUCCGCCCUCAUCUCCGCCUGACCAAUCGCCGCGCCGCCCUGCCGGCCUUUAGCCAAUCCGCGAGAAAGCUC